AUGCGAAAUUACCUUGCUGUUCUUCUUGCAAAAAGUUCUUCUUUCCCAGCUGCCUCCCUUUACUCACUCUUACCGUCUCUUUCUUUUCACCCUAAGUGCUUCAUAUCACAUUCUUCUCACUUAAUCUUUUCUCUUCCCGUACUCGUCUUACUCUCUACACUUUUCACUCAGCCUAGUUUUAGCCGCUACGGUACCCCUAUCUACCCGGCUGUUAAGGAUAUGGCCCAGGUAGUUUACAAUACGAAGGGUCAGUGGCCUAACAUGACCUAUAUGUUGAGUGCCCGGGUGUUCUCAACUAGCUCAACCGGCUUAACUUCUGAUCCUACUCUCGCACCGGACAUUAGCGCUUUUUUGCCUGACGUGGAGGACCGCAUAUCAGACACGGAUCAAGAUCCUAAUACCUAUCCAGUAACCCUGUAUGAGAGAGCACUGGACGAAAAACAGGACGAAGACAGAGAAGGGACAGACAACAGUUAUGUUCACAACGGGGACCUUAAUGCACCUCGAUCCUCGGUUGAUGGGAGCAAUAAUGAGGAUCACAGCGAUAUGACCCUGGUGAGGGAGAGCAGCGAAACAGAGCAUCAGUGGAAAGUGGUUCCACACCGCCUGAGGGGUCGCAACGAAUGUACAAAAAGUGACAUGGAACAGGCUGAAUUGCUCAACUCGGAUUUAAAAGACAAACAGUUAUUGGAUUUACCUACGACGCUCUAUAUUGGAGGAUUAUUUGAAUCCACGGAUUUACAAUCCCGCGGAAGGUCGGAAUUUCAUUCGGCUCAGAUGGCAAUUGGACAUAUCAAUGAAAAAGGAAUCAUCCCAGGUUACAAAUUGGAUCUCGUUUACAACGAGACUGCGGUAAGUACUGUUUUGGCCUAA